AUGCCCUCCACAUUCCAAUCCCAUCGUCAACUUCACCAGCCAGAACACUGGUCUGAUGAUUGGUGGAAUCAGCAGGACCACGACGAUCAGUCUUUCAAUAUCAACACACUGCACCAUCCAACAGUACCUGUAGCUCAGAAGGAGAAUGAUCAGACAGUUGCAGAGCUUCCGAAAAUUGAUGAAGAGAGGAAGAAAACAACAACGGGGAGUAAAUCUGGGUCAACAAACCGUAGAGAUGGUGGCAACUCAGAUGUAGAAAUCGAGAUGCUCUCACCAGAGGACAUGAAGGCAGCAGUCUUGAAGGAUCCUGGUGAUGAAAAGAAGUCUGGAGUUUCAGAGGAAGACAAGGUUUUACUGGUGGAAUAUCUUACUCGUCCCGAACAAUGGAAGAAUUUUAAGUUGCGACAGGGUGCCCUGAUGAUUAAUGCUGCCUCGGACAUUUUCAAGACCAAAUACACCGCUACACAACUCUCAAAUGCAUGGAAAGCAUUGUGGGAGAAAUACAAGGCUGUUCGUGAGUGCCAGGAGCGUACAGGUGGAGGCGAUGGUGAUGCAGAUCGUGGUGAGGAUCAUAAAAGCAAGGAGCGAAUAGCAAGACGGGGGAAAGCCAAGUUUUUGGAGAGGGUCCUCGAUGCAUUUGAAGCUUUGAAGAUCUUCGAGCUCUUGGAUAAAGUAGCCCAUGAUGAUAGUAGUGUUGUACGUGGCCAAAAUAUGAACUCUACAUCCAGCAUUUCCGAGCCCGAAAGCAGUAGUGAUGACGAGGAGAAGAAGCGGAAGAAAAAGAAGAAGAAGACAAAAAGAAAUCGCCUCAGUGAUGAUGACGAAGAAGAAAUCACUCGUGAUAAAUUCCUCGCAGAUGCUGUUGGAGCAAUCCAGGACAAAAACAAGGUGGCGAGAGAGAUGGAGUAUAAGAACUAUGAGCUUGCUUUAAAGAGGGACAAAUGA